UUUCUUUUUGUGUUUUUUACUACUGGUAAUAAUAUCGAUACUUUUUCAGACUUUCCGUACUAGUUCGUUCUUGACUAACUUGUAUUUCUCUACUGUGCGGUGUAGUAGGAAGUAGACGUGAAGAUUUUGAUAAAAUCAAUAAUAAAUAAUGCUUCCGCCAUUGUGUGCUGAAUAUUAUGUUUUCAGCGUUUUGUAAAUAGCCGUAAAUUAAAAUGCAACGAUUUUAUAUUUUAUACAACGAAACAUUAACUCUUUUAUAACGAUGAACGUGUAUUAUAAAGUUAUAAUUGUGCUUCUAUCAAUUAAAUCUGUGCAUCUAUAUUGUGGCCCAUACAAUGGACAAAUAUGUAAACAUUAUUUAACUGGAUUUGUAUGGUUUAACCAUACUGGAGGUCUUGAAAAUGAGAAAAUUACAACAGGUUUAUGGAAAGAAAUGAUAUCAGCCUUGAAAGAGCCUUGCCGCAGUAAAGCUGAAAAGCUUUUAUGCUCUUAUGCAUUUCCAAAGUGCGUCAAUAAAGAUGGAAUUGGUGAUUUUGCUUUGCCUCUCUGUUAUGAAGACUGCAUGGCUGUUAAAAUGCAGUUCUGUUACAAAGAUUGGAUCGUAAUAGAAGAACAAAAAAAUCGUGGUGUAUAUUUUGAAUCUCGAGGUCAUUUCAGAUUUCCAGAGUGUGAAAAACUUCCAAAAUUCUCUGGUAAAGGUCCUCACGUAACUUGUAACAAUGCAGGAAUCACAGAUAUGGACUAUAGUCAGGUAACAACAACAUGUAUUCAUGGCAGUGGUCGGUACUAUCAGGGCACAGUUAAUGUUACUGAAACGGGUCUUACUUGCCAAGCUUGGGAAUCCCAGCAACCUCAUCAACAUGCGAGGCCACCAUUAGUGUUUCCAGAGGUUCAGAAUUCCACAAAUUUUUGUAGAAAUGCUGGUGGCGAAGAGCGUAAACCUUGGUGCUAUACAAUGGAUCCAAAUGUUAGAUGGGAAGUUUGUGACAUUCCAAUGUGUGCCAAUUCUACAGAGGAAUUAGAUGAUGUCAAUGGACCAAUUAUUAUGGAAAAUUAUUUUACACCAAAAUUUGUGUUACUAUUGUCUGUAGGAGGCCUCGGAUGCAUUCUGGGCAUAGCAUCAAUAGCACUCCUUUGCCAUUACUUUCUGAAGAGUCAUUAUUCAAAGUGUAAUAUAUCAAAUCGCAGAAACUUGCAAAAUGUUGACAUUGACUUAGAUAAACUUCCUAGUAACCUUGCUUAUCACACCACUGGUGCACAAUUAAACCCCAAGUUAGAAAAAUUGGAAUUUCCAAGGAAUAACAUUAUUUAUAUUCGUGAUUUAGGUCAAGGUGCUUUUGGUAGAGUGUUUCAAGCAAAAGCACCAGGCUUAGUUCCAGAAGAGGAAUUUACUCUAGUCGCUGUUAAAAUGCUCAAAGAUGAGGCUUCACAUGACUUACAAUUAGAUUUUGAACGAGAGGCUUGCUUAUUAGCAGACUUUGACCAUCCAAAUAUUGUCAAAUUAUUAGGUGUAUGUGCUAUAGGACGUCCUAUGUGUUUAUUAUUUGAAUUUAUGGGUAAGGGUGAUUUAAAUGAGUAUCUAAGAGCUUGCAGUAUGGCGCCAAAUUAUCCACCAGCUGUCGAAAAUAGAGAGGAUUUGAGACUUCUCGUUGCCCCACUUAGCCACUUAGACCUCUUGCAUAUUGCAAGGCAAAUCGCUUCUGGUAUGGUAUACCUCUCAGAUAGAAAAUUUGUUCACCGUGAUUUAGCUACUAGAAAUUGUCUUAUUAAUGAUGAUAUGGUUGUAAAAAUUGCUGAUUUUGGUUUAUCACACAAGAUAUAUUUGCAAGAUUAUUAUAAAGGUGAUGAGCACGAUGCAAUCCCUGUUAGAUGGAUGCCUUUAGAAAGUAUAUUGUACAACAAAUAUACUUUAGAAUCUGAUGUCUGGGCAUAUGGUGUAUGUCUUUGGGAAAUUUUUUCUUUUGCCCUCCAACCAUAUUUUGGUAUGACACAUGAGGAAGUGGUCAGAUUUCUUAAAGAUGGCAACUGUCUCGCAUGUCCAGAUAACACACCUAGAUGUGUUUAUGAUUUAAUGAAACAGUGCUGGAACCACCAUCCUAGCGAUCGUCCAAACUUUAGAGUGAUAUACCAAACAAUUGACAAUAUACAAAUGAUACUUGAAAGAACACAUUCUAAUUGAUUUGAUUUUUUUUUAUAAGAGGAUUAAGUGUAAGAGAAUUGAAAUUUUUAAAUGAUGGAAUUAUUUUACCUAUCAUUAUAUGUAAUGUCUUACCCUUAGAUGUAAAUAAUGUAGGUAGACCCUUCAUAAAUUGUAUGGAAUCUUAAAUGUUAAGUAUUUAUUGUGUGAAUUUUGACUAUCUAUAAAAAUGUUACGAAAUGUGAUAGUUCAAACAUUGAACUUGAGUGAAUGAAUUAGUACAGUUGAUACAUCAUAGAAUAUAGUUUCAGAGAUAUUUUGCACUGCUAAAUCCUUAAAAAUAUUGCUCGUAAUGCCUAAUCGGACCAUAACCUAGUUUAUACCCCAUUUGUUUUAAGAUUUUGUAAUUAUAUAGUGUAGAUAUUUUAAUAAUCAGCAGUUAUAAAGACUGAUUUUUUUUAAAUUGUUCCUUUUUAUGUAGUUCAAGUAUUAUUAUAAGUUUACAGAUAUAUUUUAUGUUUUAAUACUAACAAUAUGGCUUUACUUUGCUUUUUUAUAGUGCAUAGUUUUUUAUAAUUGUUUUUAAAGUUAAUGAUGGCUGCUAUGUUAAUUAAAAUUUUAAUUUUGCUUAAUAAAUAAUAGAACAUGUGCCAAGACAAUCAAAAGAAACAAAUGUACUUACUUUAUGUAAGCUAUAUAUAAUGAUUAAGAGACAAUAUUUUUUUCUAACAGACCUUUUAAUACCAAAAUUAUAAGCAAGGUAUAAACACUCAAAUUAUUAAACAGUUUGUCUUCUUAAUUCAAAAGGUCCCUUUCUUUAUAAAUGUGCAUCGGAUAUUAUUUCACUGAAAAAGUGUCGAAAGUAUCUAAAAUCGAUAUGAAGCCAUCCAUAUUAUUAGACAAUUUAUUUCACUGCCAAAUAAAAAUUUAUAAUUGUAAUGUUUGCACUAAUUUCUAAGUGUAUUAAUAAUUUUUGUACUCAAUAAUUUGUAACAUGUAUUUUUGUGACGCAUUAUAAAUUUAAUUUAUUAAUUUGUGUUACUUAUUGUCGUUAAGAAUAAAUGAUUCGAUUUUAAAA